UUUAAUUUCACACAAGUCGUUACCUUCAUGCGAACAGUUUGCAAAAAUUUGUUCCUGUCGUGCAAAUGGAACGACAAAGUUAUACAGUGCUGUAAAAAUUUCAAACCGAUACAAACCGAAUAUGGCACAUGUUUUUCGAUGAAUAACAAACAUAGCCCAGGUUUACAAACAUUCUACGUGUCCUCGGAAAACCAGCUCGAAACGGGGACACUGGAAAUUAUUCUCGCACAAGAUUAUGAGGUAUUUUUGCAUUCUCCCGAGGACGUGCCGUUCUGGAACAUGGAAUAUGAUCGUAGAAUAACAACGGUUUAUGGAUCUCAAGCAACGAUAUUAUUUUCUAUAAUGGACGUAAUAAACGAUCCGGAAUUAAAACUAACAUCUCCAGAAGUGCGUCGCUGCAGAUUCCCCGAUGAACUGCCGGAGAAAUUUAUUGCAUACGAGCACUAUAGCUACUCUGGAUGUGUCAUUCAGUGUCGCAUCGACAAACAACUAGAAUUAUGUAACUGCACUCAUCAUUUAUCACCUGACAUAUAUAAAAAUAAAUUUUGUGACCUAGAAGGAUUAAAAUGUUUGACAACAAAUUUCAAUCAAUUGGGUAAGAUGAAAGUGCCAAGUACAGAUGAAUCAGCGCUGGAAUGCGAUUGCUUACCAUCCUGUACGGAACCAGAUUACAAUAUUGUGUCUAAAAACUUAGUGGAGCCUCAGAAAGACUUGAAAGCUGGGACUACGACCAUCACCCUCAGCAACCGGCCGUACCAGCGGGUGACGCGCCAAGUGGCGCGAACGUCUUUAGAUCUAGUUGUUGCUAUGGGAAAUUGCUUUGGACUUUGCUUUGGUGGAUCCCUUCUUUCUAUUGUUGAAAUUUUGUACUAUUUAUGCUUCAAGCGCUGGAAUAAUCCUACGGAGAAAUAUUAAUU